UGGCUGCGGCCGGCGGGGGCGGCCCAGGGAGGAGGAGGAGGAGGAGGUGGAGGAAGCAGCCGGCGCCAUGUCCCACACCAUUUUGCUCGUGCAGCCCACCAAGAGGCCGGAAGGCCGGACUUACGCCGAUUACGAGUCGGUGAACGAGUGCAUGGAAGGUGUCUGUAAAAUGUAUGAAGAACACCUCAAGAGGAUGAAUCCCAACAGCCCUUCCAUUACAUACGACAUCAGUCAGUUGUUUGAUUUCAUCGACGAUCUUGCAGAUCUCAGCUGCCUUGUCUACCGUGCUGAUACCCAGACGUACCAGCCCUACAACAAAGACUGGAUCAAGGAGAAGAUCUACGUCCUCCUGCGUCGGCAGGCCCAGCAGGCCGGGAAAUAGUCGGGGACUGGGUGGGGGG